AUGAUUUUGCAUGGUGUCGAAGAUACCAAUGAGGCCAACGACAGGGUUCAUUCCCUCUGUCGCCGACCCAGCGAUCGUUUCCACUUUCCAGAAUCCAAGCAAGGUCCCGUCCGUGUCACAUUUCCCAUCUGCACUCCCUCCAAAGCAUCGAGCGCCACACUCGCUCACUCCGGGUCCAUCCUUGGUCUAGCACCAGACCGUGGCGGCCACAAGACACCCUCUCGCCUUUUGUCGUCGCCGUCUCUUCUCCAACAGCUCCUCGCACAGAAAGUCGUACACGACGCCCUCUGGUCGGUGACCCUCAUCGACGCGGAGUCCGGCAUUCUCAGUCUCGGCGGCACCAUCGCGCAGCAGGUCGAAGAGAUAAAAGUACGAGGGGACGUUGAGCUGGAACACUUUGGCGACCCGGACGCCACGACCGAGUGGGUGGACCAGGAAGUCGUCAACCGCAUGGCCUUCCUCAUGCCGCCUGACACUCAGUGGGAUCACCACUUCAAAUGGACCGAAACCCGGGGUGCGGCAGGUUGGUGGACGACGUUGAUGAGCGGCGUGUGGAUCGACGGGGCCAAGGUUCUCAAAAACCAACCCGUCCUCUUCGACGUCAAUGUCCCCUUUAUCCUCGCUCCGCCCGUCGCCGUCCAGCGGUUCUACGAGUCCAUACCCGGGACGAAGCGACUCGAUCCACCGUUGGAUGCGUUCUUCGCGGUUCCGUGUCUCAACCGCGUCAAUGUCGCUUUUGAGAUCGGUGGGUGGAGGUUUCCAAGUAUGAGCGGCGAAGGGACGAUGGAGGAUGCGCUCUACGGUCCUGACGGGGGCAAGUUCAGUUUGGGCAAAUUGGGUAACGGUACGGGAUAUUGUGUCGGUGCUGUCGUCGAGACGACAAUGGGCGUGAGGGAAGAAUGGAUCGCCAGUGGUGUGAGGGAUUUGUGGGUGCUAGGAGAACCGUUCUUUAGAGGUCUCGGUGUGGCGUUUGACGUCGAAAAGGGAAGAGUCGGGGCAAGGAUCUAUUGA